GUGAGGCGUGGUAUAUAAGAGAUAACACUGUUCGAACUUAGCAAAUUGUAUCGCAAAACUUUGAACAUAUCAGCCCUACCAAAGAUGAUCGCGAUAUAUUUGGUGUUUCUACUUUUAUUAAGUGGUACGAUCGCACAUGGGUACGAAAAUGGGACACAGUGUUACAAUAGAUUCGAGUACGAAUACCAGGUGCUAGAGAAGCUGGUUAAAGCAGAGCAGGAUCGCACUCGUCUUAAUGAAAAACUCAGUAAUGUGGACAGUACACUAUCUGAUAAAUCAAAAGAGAUUGAAACACUGAAUGCACGAAUUGCUAUGUUCGAAAGCACAAUCGCUAUCUCAGCCGGAAGUACCUACAUUCGAUGGGGACGGAACACAUGUCCUGACGACACCGGAAGCAAGCUUGUUUACAAAGGAUUCGCCGCUGGGCCUCAUUUUGCACAUUCUGGUGGUGGCUCAGAUUAUCUUUGUCUUCCGGAGGAUCCAAUAUUUGAGGUAAAUCAAAUCGGAGGAGCAAGGGAACUCAUUUAUGGCGCAGAGUAUGGUACACGGGGCACCUUUAUGAAUCAACUUCAUAACAAUGAUGUCCCAUGUGCUGUUUGCAAAACCAAUAGUACAAAUAUCCUCAUGAUUCCCGCCAGAAAGGCUUGCUAUCCUGGUUGGAAAACCGAAUACUGGGGCUACCUUAUGACGUCAUAUUACAAGCAUGCUUCACAGAAUAGCUACGCGUGUAUGGAUGCUGAUCCUGAGUAUAUCCCCGGUGGAAAUGCUGACCAGAAUGGAGCGUUAUUUUUCUUUGUGGAGGGACGUUGUGGUUCAUUGACAUGUCCACCAUAUAUUGAAGGUCAUGAGUUGACUUGCGUCGUUUGUUCCCUGCAGCCAUGAUUAAAAAUGUAAGGAUCUGCUCUUAAUAUGCAAUAUAACAUUUUAUAUUUUAAUAACAUGGGGUAGAUCUAGGUGCGCUGCGGCUAACUGACAUGCUCAACCUAUGUUGAGGGUUACGAGUUGACAUGUGUCUCGUGCUCCUUACAUGUAUGAUUGUUGUAAAAUACAAUUAUUUCUGUUCAGUUAAAUGCAGUACAUUUAAAAAUAUGUAUAAGUCAAAUGACAUCAACGGACAUGUCGCACAACGUAUUUUGUAAAUGGCCCUGAGCCAAUAAACGAAUACACAGGAAAUUGGCCCCUACUGUGACACGAGUGCAAUUAGCACAGGAUACACAGAAGGGGAUUAUCAUGCCAAACAUCCCUUAAACUAGGCCUUUAAGCAUUACAAUGUCAAUGUUAUUAAAGAACAAAAUAAGAACUGCUUUAACUUUAUCUGUAACGUCUUUUCAGUCGUUUUUACUUUUUACUUAUCAGUAAUCAGUAAGCAAUUACCUUUCAAACGUCACCAAGCGUAUGUGAAAUAGAAUCACCUGGGGUGGUAUUCAAUAUUGGUCUUAUUUGGAUCUAAGAAUGAUGUAGCUAAUCGGAUUGCGAGAUAUGAAUAAACGAUAUAUACAGUGAAUGGAGGCAAUGAUGUAUGACCAUAAGAUUGAAUCAAGUUGCAUAUUGAAUACCAACCCAGGUAUCACAAUUUUAUAUUACGGCCGAUGGCAUGAAAAUAAAACAGUUGUGUAAAGAAAACAAGAUAUACGACAUUCUACAUUCAAAAAUUGUAUGUCGUGCUGGCAUGAACUUAAACAUUGGAUAUUCAGAAAAUGAUUUUCGUGCUGGCACGAUAUUGGAUAUUCAAAAACCUGAUUUGACAUAAAAUGAAUGUCUUGCUAUCACGAAAUUAAACACUGAUUAUUGUACGACAUUGGACAUUUAAAAAAAUGAAUGUCGUGCUGGCACGUCAAGGGACAUUCAAAAAUUGAUGUUGGGAUGGCACGAUAUUUGACAUUGAUCGUUCAUAAGUAAGAAUGAAUGGCGUUUAGACAUGCCAUUCAUUUUUAAAUGUCCAAUGUCGUUGUCAGCACGAAAUUCAUUUUAAUAUUGAGUACAAAAUACCCAAUGUCAUGCCAGCAUUACAUUUAUUCAGUGUUUGGACGUCCAAUGUCGUGUAAUUUCUAAGGCAACUGUGCACCAGAUGACCAGUUUGCAAGAAUUUUGUUUUGUCGAAAACUGACAUAAUCUGGGUAUUGAUGUGUACAAUGCAUUGGAACUUACUAAAUGAAGUACCACAUAGUUUACAAUCUAUUUAAGUUUAGCAGUUAUUUCGUAUUUUUCCAUUCAAAAAGUUUACUGGGUAUGUCUACCUAUUAGAAUUCAUUCCUUAUGCGUGUUUGGCUAGUCGAUGUUAUCACGUGAUAUUACCAAGUUAGGUAUAUAGCUUAAAUAUACCAAUCGUUUGAAGCAAUCCUUCGUAGCUCAGUUGAUACAGCGCUCAACUGCAAUUUUGGCGACACGGGUUCGAACCCGGUCUCCGACACAAUUUUAUUUUACAUUUUGGUACUUUUUUACAAUUAUGAUAUCAAAGCGUUACACAUUCUAUUAAAGAAUUGUCCUGAGAUUCAUUAGAGAUAAAUAUUUAUUUUGGUGCCAAUCUGGUGUUCAGUCCCUUUAAUGUCUAAUGUCAAAUACCGCGCCAGCACGACAUUUAUUUCAUUUUGAAUAAUCAAUGUCAUUCCAGCACUACAUUCCGUUUUGUAAUGUCCAAAGUCCAAUGUCGUGUCAGUGUGAAAUUCAUAUUUGGAAUGUCUAAUGUCCAAUGUCCAAAGAUUUGCCAGCAAGACAUUCAUGUUUGAAUUUCACAUGUCGUGCCAACACGAUAUUGAGUUCUUUCAAAAGGAUGUUUUCAUUGAAUUGAUCUUAUGCUUCUGUUGGUGCUCGCUUUCUUCUUAUGGUUAAUGUUUGUAUGCUUGUAUAUAUGUCUAUAAAAUGGUAUAUAUUUGUAAAUACGUUGAUUUGGAUAAACGUAUUUAUCUUAACCUAUUUCUGAGAAGUGUUUGUGCAUCGAUGAGUUCACAGUGAUACCGUCAUCGUUACAAUCGCUAUCAUAAU